GCCCGCGGCCGCGGGACCCGAGCGGCGGGGCUGCGCCCUCCUCCGCGGACCGGCUCCGCCGCGACGCCCCGCGAGGGGCCCGUCUCCGCGCCCCGCCUCAGCCAGCGGCCGCCACCGCCGCCUCCAUUUCCCGCUCGCGGGACCUGACCGGCAGCGCCCAGGCCCCUCGGGACAGGGCGUCCCAGAGCCGCCGCCACGGGCCCUCCGGCGGGCGGGCGGGGGGCAGGCGGCGCCGCAUCCAGGCCGGCGCAGACCCGCGGCCGGGGGAGGCCGCUCCUCCCCGCAGGCCCCGGUUCUCCCCCCGCCACCCUGCCCGCUUCCCCCCUUCCUCCUCCUCCUCCCGCAGCGCCUCGUCGUUGUUUGAACCCGAAACGGAAAUGAGACUCGCGGCGCCGGGGAGAAACGGAAACAAAACACGGGCCGUGCCGCCGGGCCGCGCCGCAGCUCGCUCACCCGCCGCCGCCGUCCGGUCCCCGAGCGGAGCGGCCGCACCACAGCUCCCGCCGGCCGCGGCCCUCGCAGCUCCCCUGAAACACUAGUGUCAUCAUGAUUCUGAACCAGAUUUUGCGACUCUCGUCCAUUUUUCGCUCCGCUGUGUCCACUCACUUCCGCAGAAACAUAGGGCUUUCUGCUAUCGUCUUUAAUAAGGCGAAAGAGCUCGAUCCGGUUCAGAAGCUCUUCGUGGACAAGAUCAGAGAAUACAACACAAAGAGCAAGCAAGCUGGAGGACCUGUUGAUGCAGGCCCUGAAUUUCAGAAAGAAAUGAAUGAAUCCCUUGCUAGACUUCAACGGGCAUAUGGUGAGGGAGAUCUAACCAAGUUUCCAGAAUUUAAAUUUGAGGAGCCCAACUUUGAGGAGACUGCAAAGUGAUCUCUACAGAUUGCAGCAUACCGAAAAGCAGCAUAGAGGAGUGGAGUUGCUGAACAUGGCACUAGUUGUAACUUAAUAAAUUCAGUGUUGCAGUUUGAUUUCA